AGCCGGUGCUGCCGCGGCCGCCGUUGUCCCCGGACGCGCUGGGCGCGCGGGGCGAGGCGGUGCGGCUGCAGCUGCAGGGCGAGGAGCUUCGGCUGCAGGAGGAGAGCGUGCGGCUGCACCAGAUCAACACCUACCUCAGCGACCGCAUCUCGCUCCACCGCCGCCUGCCCGAGCGCUGGAACCCGCUGUGCAAAGAGAAGAAGUAUGACUAUGAAAAUUUGCCCACCACAUCUGUUAUCAUAGCAUUUUAUAAUGAAGCCUGGUCAACACUCCUUCGGACAGUUUACAGUGUUCUCGAGACAUCCCCGGACAUCCUGGUAGAAGAAGUUAUCUUGGUAGAUGACUACAGUGACAAAAAGCACUUGAAGGAGCGCUUGGCCAAUGAGCUGUCAGGCCUGCCCAAGGUACGCCUGAUCCGAGCCAGCAAGAGGGAAGGCCUGGUUCGAGCCCGGCUGCUGGGGGCUUCCGUGGCCAGAGGCGAAGUGCUGACCUUCCUGGACUGUCACUGUGAGUGCCACGAGGGGUGGCUGGAGCCACUGCUGCAGAGGAUCCAUGAGAAGGAGUCGGCAGUGGUGUGCCCGGUGAUCGAUGUCAUCGACUGGAAAACCUUCGAGUACUUGGGCAACGCUGGGGAGCCCCAGAUCGGCGGCUUCGACUGGCGGCUGGUGUUCACGUGGCACGUGGUCCCCGAGCGGGACAGGUUGCGGAUGAAGUCCCCCAUCGAUGUCAUCAGGUCUCCAACGAUGGCUGGUGGGUUGUUUGCUGUGAGUAAGAAAUAUUUUGAGUAUCUGGGAUCUUAUGAUACAGGAAUGGAAGUCUGGGGAGGCGAAAACCUCGAAUUCUCCUUUAGGAUCUGGCAGUGUGGUGGGACUUUGGAAACACACCCGUGUUCCCAUGUUGGCCACGUUUUCCCCAAGCAAGCGCCCUACUCCCGCAGCAAGGCCCUGGCCAACAGUGUUCGCGCAGCUGAAGUGUGGAUGGAUGAGUUCAAAGAGCUCUACUACCACCGCAACCCCCGUGCGCGCCUGGAGCCCUACGGGGAUGUGUCGGAGAGGAGGCAGCUCCGGGACAAGCUCCACUGUAAGGACUUCAGGUGGUUCCUGGAGACUGUGUACCCAGAACUGCACGUGCCCGAGGACCGGCCCGGCUUCUUCGGGAUGCUCCAGAACAAGGGACUGAAAGAAUACUGCUUUGACUACAACCCCCCCGAUGAAAACCAGAUCUCGGGACACCAGGUCACUCUCUAUGCCUGCCACGGGAUGGGCCAGAACCAGUUUUUUGAGUAUACCUCCCAGAAGGAAAUCCGCUACAACACCCGCCAGCCCGAGGCCUGCGUAGCCGUGGAACCAGGAACAGACGUUCUCAUCAUGCACCUGUGCGAAGACACUGCCCCGGAGGAUCAGAAGUUCCUCCUGCAGGAGGAUGGUUCUUUACUUCAUGAACAGUCCAGGAAAUGUGUCCAGGCUGUGAGGAAGGAAGACAGCAACAGUUUUGUCCCGCUUUUGCGAGACUGCUCCAGCUCGGAUCAUCAGAAAUGGUUCUUCAAGGAACGCAUGCCGUAGAGCCGCGCUGUGUGGAGCCCCCAAGGCCCGCCCGUGCCCAGCAGAGCCCUAGAAGCGCAGGGUCCAGAGCCCUCCUCAGACUUGGCAGCUUCACUUUUAUAAGGAAACCGCUUUGCCUUUUGUGCACAUCUUGUUGCAUUUUGUGGAAAAAAAAAAAAAUGUGAAUGAACUUUGUGCUGAUGUUGAAACUUUAAAAAUGCUCCAAAAUAACCUAUUUUCUGAAGGUAACCAUAGAUGUUAACUCUUGCUAUUUGGAAAAUUGAAACCUUAUAAUAUUUUUUUAUCAAGAUGUAUAUUCUACAGCUGUAGCUUUUAUUCUCACUAGCAGAUACUCCCUUUCGGCACUUACAAGGGUUCCCAGGUGUGAAGAUGCCUGCAGUGUGUUUUGCACAAGCUGAUAAUACCUCAAAUAUUGGGCUGGAGUUUUCUCAGUGUGGCAUGACAGACGCUAGGAACGCUGCAUUCAUUCCUUCAGGCCAUUAAAAUUUAUUCAGUAAAGAACCCAUCUUUUUAGCUGGAUGUAGUGACCCAUGCCUGUCCUCCUAGCACUCGGUACAGAGGCAGGAGGAUCGUGAGUUUGAGGCCAGCCUGGAACAUAGUGAGAUCCUGUCUCCACAAAAACAGCAAAAAAUAAAGAUGCAUUUUGGUUAUGUGUUGGUGUUACUGUCGUAGUCAAACUUUAAUAUUCACGUUGGCCAAAGGAGACUAACCAAAGCUGAAAUCACAAGCAAUUUGAUCUAUCAAGAUGAUACAUGAGCCUGAGGGUGGGUCUUCUAACAGUACCUAGCUGGAGGGUGGCUGGCUGCUUCUGAUAAUUACUGCCAUAACUUUCAAACAUGUUUCUAGCAUUUUUACCGUGUAGAAUUGUCAGGGAGAAACUUAAUUUUUUUAUGUGCGAUUCAUUUUUAAGAAUUUGUUCCUUAAUAGUUGAUUAAUUCUUUAAUGUUGGAUUUUGCGCUGCAGCAGCUGGCAUGGAAGUUUCAGUAGUUUGGAUUUCAUAAUGAUCCCAGAUCAACUCAGAUCUUGUCAACCGGAUAAAGUUAACACGAAUGAUUAAAAAAGAAUCAAUGAGCA